AUGUCCGCACCUCUGGUGAUCAUUGCUCGCACCUUGGUUGAGCCUCUUGUGAUCUCCUCUGACACCUCUGGCUCGGCUACGGCGGGUGACCUUGCCGCUGACGACACGGCAGCCACUCAUCGCUCUCCCCGCUUAGCGUCCCCCCCGGGUUUUUCGCCUCGCCCAUCUUCGCCGCCUUUGCAGCUUGUGGCUGAGGACACUAGUGCUGCUAGGGGUGGUGACACUGGGGACGAGGACUCUAGAGGUGCCGGUUCUGGGGGUGCUGCGACUGGAGGUGUGGAAUCUGGGGGUGCUGCGACUGGAGGUGCGGGUUCUGAGGGCGCUGCGACUGGAGGUGCGGGUUCUGGGGGUGCUGCGACUGGGGGUGCGGGUUUUGGUGGUACUACGGGUGCAAGAGGUGCUACUGGUGCAAGAGGUACUGCCGGAGCUGGAGGCACUGGAGACCCUGGAGGUACUGGAGCUGCUGGAGCUGGUGGUGCUGCUGGUGCUGGAGGUGCUGCUGGUGCUGGAGGUACUGCCGGAGAUGGAGGUGCUGGAGGUGCUGGUGCUGGAGGUACUGCCGGAGAUGGAGGCGCUGGAGGUGCUGGUGUUGCUGGUACUGGAGGCACGGUAGGUGCUGGUGCUACUGGAGCUGGAGGUCCUGGAGGUGCUGGAGGUACUGUCGGUGCUAGAGUCCUUAGUAUUCCGUCUUCCACUGGUCUUCCCCAGCCUCUCCUGUGUCCUCCGCCUGACAAGUCACAACCGCGGUUACUGCCUGGCUCUCCACUGCCUGCUCCUUCUCCUUACAUUGAGCACACAGACUCUCUUACAGAGCGUCAUGAGCCUGCGUCUCGUCCUGCCUCCCCUGUUCGCACUGUUCGCACUGGUCGUCGUGUUCCUCGUCCGCGUCCUCCUCAUGUCCCCGGCACUCACACUAUGACACUUCGUCCUUCCUCUGUUCCACAGCGUGUUCCCCUGCCGUCUCCUCCUGCGUCCUCUCUUCCUGACGUUCCUGACCCUGAGUCUGACCGUGCUCCUGCUGCUGCCAGUCCCACUGUCACGCACCCGGAUGCACUUGACAUCCCUACCCCGCGCACUUACGCUGAGGCGAUCGCGGGUGAGUACUCCUCUCAGUGGCAGAUAGCCAUGGACGCGGAGAUGGCUUCCUGGAAGUCCACACGCACCUACCUCGGCGAGGUUCCCCCUCUUGGGGCGAACAUAGUCGAUGGCAUGUGGAUUUUCAGAGUGAAGCGGCCGCCGGGUUCUCCGCCUGUCUUCAAGGCGCGAUACGUCGAUCGAGGCUUCAGUCAGCGAGAGGGAGUCGACUUCUUUCAGACCUUCUCCCCCACCCCGAAGAUGACUACUCUUCGGGUGUUGCUGCACGUUGCAGCACAGCGUGACUACGAGCUGCACUCCCUCGACUUCUCCACAACUUUCUUGCAGGGCAGCCUGCACGAGGAGAUCUGGCUACGCCGUCCACCUGGCUUCAUUGGGUCGUUUCCUGUGGGUACCUAG